AUGGCAGCUGGGCCGCGCAGCCUUGCUUUGCCGUGGCUCUGGGUCCUCGUCCUCAGCCGUUUUGCAGACAGCGAAGAUGUACCGUGGUGUGCACCGCUCCCUGGCCACAGCUACGGCAACCAAGUGCUGCUUGUGGAGAGAGAGGGCUUCAGUCCUGUGCCGCUGCCAGCCGGCUCUAGCCACGAUGCAGCGGACUGGGAUUCCGAUGGCGAUAUUGACAUUCUGGUGGGGGCUCCUGGCGGCACCCUCCGCUACUUCGAGAACCUUGGAUCAGGCCUUCUGACAGAACGGAUCGGGCCGGAAAGUUCCUUCCACUCCGUCCGGGUGCCAGGACACGCAGUGCCCCGGAUAGUCGACUGGGAUGGGGAUGGAGAUCUCGAUCUCCUUGUGGGUGCAGACGAUGGACAGGUGCACUUCUACAGCCGGCUCAGCGAGCAUUCCCUGCACUACCAGGGACCUGUGUUUGCGAAGCUCUCCGAGCCCUACGGUUUCAGUGCCGUGGACUGGGAUGGGGACGGAGACCUGGAUAUCAUCUCCUGUGGGGAAGACCCCGGAGUGAAGCUCCGCUUCUUCGAGCGUGUGGAGACGGGGGAGCUCAAGGAGAUGACGGGCACAUCAAAUCCUUUCGCAGGAUUUCGGGUGCCAAUGCAGCGGGAGCCCUGUCACAUCUAUGCUGCCGACUGGGACGGAGACGGUGAUGCGGACUUCAUGUACGUCGGUCAGAACCUCCGGUACUUCACCCGGACCGCACGGGGGACGCUGGUCCAGCGCGAGCGCCACCUAAACCCCUUCUACGACCUCCAGCGGAAGGAGAUCGAUUUGCAGACCCUCACUUUCGUGGACUGGAACCGUGAUGGCGACUUAGACAUCAUCGCCGGCCCCGUCACCUCGAACUCCAGCCUCCGCUUCUUCGCGCGCGAGCGCGUGCGACUCGUGGCCGAGGCAGAGUCCGUUGGACCCAAAGGCACCGCGGAGAAAGACAACGCGACAAACUACUACGUACCAUGUGCAGUGGAUUGGGACGGAGAUGGUGAUACUGAUCUGCUGGUGGGAUGUAGUAAUGGCACGGUUGCCUAUUACGAGCAAACACCUCAAGGACUGCAACAGCGCGUUGGGUCCGCAAAUCCCUUCGACGGUAUCUCGGUGGAUCUAAUCGCUGUUCCACGCGCUGCGGACUGGGAUGGGGACGGUGACACAGAUCUCCUCUUGUCGGGCUUCCACUCAGCGGAUGGGGAAUACGAUGGCUCAGUGCGAUACUUUGAGCGUAUGGAGGAUGGCAGACUGGAGGAGCGAAGGGGGCCAGAAAAUCCUUUCAGCGUCGUUCUUCCGGAUGGUGAGAUGGUGGUGGUGCCAAGAGCUGUGGAUUGGGACUCUGAUGGUGAUCUCGAUCUCCUCGUCGCAGGUGCUGCUGGUCAGGUUCGCUACUUCGAACGUUUGGCGGAUGGGUCGCUGCACGAACACCUUGGCGUUGAGAGCCCCUUCAACGGCUUGGAGGUUGGUCCCGGUGCACUGGAGGUCACAGACUUUGACGGAGACGGAUCGCUGGAUCUUCUGAUCGGAACCAGCCGUGGGCGUGUGCGCUUCUUCAAGCACUUGGCAAACCAGUCCUUCACAGAACUCACCGGGUCCUCAAACCCUUUGGCGGGAGUCCGGGCGCGCUUCGCUGUGAUGCCAUAUGCCGUGGACUGGGACCAGGACGGCGACACUGACCUGCUGGCUGGUGUUCACACCGGUGGCGUCUCUGGGGUGUUGGUCUUCAACAGGGGCUAUUGCAACUGGCACGAUUGGUGCCUCUCCCGCGGCUUCACAAAGGGUAAGACCGACACCUGUUCCUGCAUCUUGCGCUACGACCUGAAGGAUUGCUCCGGAUGUGGCGAGGACCACUUCUCCGGGCCCCCGGAUGCCUCUUUGUCCCGGGAAUGUCUGGCGUGCCCCGGCGGGGAGGACGGCUUCGUCUGCUCCCGGAGGGGCUACUGCAGGGAUGACGCGGCCGCACUCAGAGAAUUCCCAGAGCGCAGUCGCCUGCAGCUUUCGGCCGUGACAGGCAACGGAUCAUGUACUUGCAACGAGCCCUUCGAGGGAGAGGGCUGUGAGAACGGCGAAUGUCCAGCGGGGCAGGAGUACCACCUGGAAGAGCUCUUCACUUGUCAGCCCUGCUUUCCAGGCUGGUUCAAGGCACAAAGCGGCAACAGCAACAGGUGUCAGAUCUGUGAUGCCGGACACUUCUCUUCGGACUGGGGGAGCGCCUCCUGCUCAGCGUGUCGCAGUUUGCAUUUCCGCUCUGUCGUGGAUGUCGCGCGCAUCUCCUGUGACUUCGCUACCAUCAAUGUCCCUGUGGCCAUCGGCGUCAUGCUGUGCUCCAUUCUUCUGUUCCUUCCGUUGCCCAUGAUGUUUUGCCAUACAAUACCAGUGUCCGACAUGCGGUUGCAACAAGCAGGGGUCACCAUAUCAACCACAGGGAGGCAUUGGCUGCUUGCCAAUCGUCUUGCCAUGGUCUCCUUCCAAAAAACCGAAGUUCCCUGGUUGGACCAGGGAAGCUAUGCGGUGAGGUCUCUGAGUGAGAGGCAGCUGCUGCUAUGUGACAAGCAGGGCGCCCCCAUCUUCACAGGUGCGGACACAUCCUGUGGUUCGGUGCAUUUCCUUGCAUGCCACUCCAUCCGCAUGACCGGUAUGUUCGGAGUCCCGUUCUUCUGCUGGCUGCAAUUCUUCGGCGGUUGUCUCGCAGGUGUUCUCUACAUGGCCAAUGUGUGGCAAGAGAGCCCCGGGUUUUACGCCACCUACCUGGAGCUUCUCAUGAUGCUGCUGGGAGCCUUGGCCGCCUUGGCCACUCUCUGCUGGAGGAAGAGGGCCCUUAACCAGAGCGACUUGCAGCGGGACCUCCACAGCUUCGAAGGCCAGCUCCAGGACCUCCGGCACAACCCCCAGGGCCUGUGCCCAAGGGGCCAUUCCCGUGCCAUCACUGCCGGGCAGCUUUGGGAUUUCUUCAUCUUCUGGCAGUCCUACAUCUGCAGCCGGAAUAUGUACUAUGUGGUCUCCAAUGUGGUGAAGCCGUUGACGCGACCUCGAAAGGUCUCCUACGCCGAGCUGGCGGGAUCUUGCUGCCUGCAAUGGUUCGUAAGCCACUAUUGGGGCACACCCUUCUGUCACUUUGUGGGUACUGUGCGAAAGCACGCCGAGACGCUCUCCGAUCCUAGCCCAGUCUCAUGGAUGCUCGCAUCCUAUUGGGUGUGUUCCUUUGCGAACAACCAGUGGCGCGUGGAAGAGGAGGUUGGCAUGAGUUGGGACCAGUCAUCCUUCUACCUUGCCUUGCGCAGCGGCACCUGCCAGGGGACGGUGAUGGUCUUCGACAAUGACGCCUUGCCAUUGACAAGGUCGUGGUGUUUGUUCGAGCUCCUCCAGACCGCCGAGCUUAGCCGAAACGACUCUCGCUUCCUGGGCCUGCAGAUCUGCACGCCUUCUGGGGUCAUGAACCAUGGCCAGACCAACAUCGAGUUGGCAAUGGUGAUAAGUAAGAAGCUCGCCGACCUGAACCUCCGGGAUGCACAGGCAAGCUGCCUCGAGGACAAGCACAUGAUCGAUCGGCUUGUAGCGGAGCGACCGGGUGGAUUCGAGCAGAUGAAUGCCUACCUUACCCAGGCCGUCAAUGCCGCGUUGCAGGCCACAGCCUUGCGCUUUCAGGAG